UCGUUGUUCUGAGCUGGUUUUUUUUAUCAUGGGAUAUUUUAUGACAUCGGCAAAUCGUGAUUAGUUCUUCCAUUUCCAGCUGUGUAUGGUUGCCAGGUUUAACCAUGGACAGACGAUUGCAAUAUGUACAGCCAACUAUUGUGUUAUGGGUGAUGUUUUCUUGAAGAGCUGUCGAGACCUAUGGUAUAUUGCCAGCAUAUAGCAUGUGUUUCGUCAACGAACUGAUCUUUACCUUGUUUACGGUGGCAAUAAAUUUACACCAAUGUGGCGCUGAGAUAAAUCUUCCAUUUCAAACCAGGACUGCUCAGCAAUUGCGCACGAUAAGGAUCAAAUGUAAAGUAGAGGGUGAGCAUUUUAUUGCCUGGGAGACACCCUCCAGCAUUAACAUUACGCAGGACCUACAGAAGUAUGGUAGAUUACGGUUGGAAAAUGAUACAGACUACUAUUACACUCUAGUGAUACAAGACGUCGUAGUUGAGGAUGGUGGUAAUUACACAUGCAAGGGAUCUGAGCAAUCAAAGAGCUUCACCCUGGAGGUCGAUUUUGCAAGCCAUGGCAUCAAAACCCCUCAGCGACUGAUCCACGGCCAAAAUGGUACUAUACAACUGGAGCUGUCCGCAUACCCACCUCUGAAAUAUCAUUGGACAAAAGAUGGCAAGGAUUUGAUUCUUCCCACGGACGGGAAAGUCUUGGAUCCAUAUAGUGGCUCAAUAAAUAUCACCAGGGUGGGGAGGAACGACGCUGGAAAUUACACAUGUAGAGCGGUUUGGAAGGAGGGGAGACCCACAGAAACUGAAGACUCUGUUGAAAUUGAAGUCCUUGUCGUGGCAAACCCAUCGGAUGAUAUUUCUUCAGCUGGGACAUCAUUAUUGCCACAGAUAUCAUCAUCUAUAUCAAAAGUAAUACCUAGUGAAAACCAGUUAUCUCAUACCGUCACUACAUAUAAUUCUUCAAGAGGACUGCCUAAUCAGUCAAUUAGAGAAUCAACAACUCUUCAUCUGGAGCCAAGCUCUCAUAUGGUUUUGUCUAGUCCACCUGCAAUAGGACCAAACAGAACAUUGUCAGUUGUAGCCUCUGUGGGAUUAAUGACUUCAAAGUCUGUUUUGAAAAUUGAUGUUGCUAGUACUAAUGACACUGAUGAAACAGUGACAGCUACCAUAUAUGGAACUCCUUUCAUGGAAUCUGUGAAAUCCAGUAUCCAUGUAGUAAAUACUACAUUAACAUCUGUCUCAACUCUGACAUCUCCAACCAUCCAAAACAGAAGUAUGGUGUUUAAUGCCUCACAGCAAUCUGCAACUGCUACAGAACAUGGCACCGUUGUCAAGGAAUCAGUGAAAUCCAGUGUUCAUGUAGUAAAUGCUACACUUGCAACAACUUUUCCAACUUCAAAUGCAACAAUAACUGCAACCAUCCAAACCCAAAGUGUGGGUUUGAAGUCUACUCAGCAAACUGCAACUGUGUUAAGCUCAAAAUUACCUGCUGUCAACCAGUCUGUUUCUAAUACAUUGGUUAUGUCACCUUCAAGCGGUUUUAAGCCAACAUUAAUGCUUAUGUCGUCUAGAAGUAGUAUGGUACAAAUUGUACCUAUGCUGCCAAGUUCUGUGGUCCUUGAAGGCAACCUAUCAUUGUCAAGAGUGCAAGAUGAAAGAUCAAGCCCUGUUUUGUCCAAAAAUACCACAAGCCACUCAUCAUUAGGUUUACUGUCUAGUACAAGUGGAUCUGCAUCAAGUUUAGUAGCUUCAAAAGAUACCACAGUCCAAUCUUCAAUGAUUGUUCCGUAUAACACUUCAACUUUUUCCACAACACCUGUAUCUCCAAAGAAGUCAUCUUCAAAGGAUGAGUUUGUGGUCACCUCCUAUGCCACCCCUUGUUACAUAUAUUAUGUGGUGGAAAAGACUGCCUUGCCUGUGGCAACAGCUAAUCACACUGCGGCUUCAUCAACGCCAACAACCCCAAAAAUUACACUGGAGAUAGGUAGUGCAUCCAAGAUGCAGUCAAGACUGCCAACAGUGACAUUGACACAUUAGUCUGCCAUGACAACCCAGGCACAGAGCCAGGCAUCUGUUUCUACUGAUAAAGUAAUAACCACAACAAGGUUAGUGGGAAUGACCACAAAAAGCACUGAGAGAACUUCAACAAAGUUGACAAGUGAAGCCUCUCCUUCAGACACGGGUGCUAUACCCACUUCUACCCUUGGAAAAAUUGCAAACACAGUCAGCUUGACAUCACCAUCUGUAGUGACUGUGGCUACGCCCAAUAGUACCUUGAAGGAUAAAAGCAUUGCUAUGUCCUCUGAGACUUUCAUUGGAGCUUCAUCAAACAAAACUCUUGGAACAAGUUCACGAACACCAUCAGUCAGUUCCACCUUGCCGGUUGCCAGUGUGAGUAUGACAAAGAUGGUAGGAAUCAAUUUUACAAGUUCAGUAGAGUCACAGGCUGUUCUACCCACUGCAGCCUCGUCACUUCCUUCUGGAAACUCCACCUGCACUCGAACUGUCACUGCAUUUUCUCAAAACAUCUCUGUUGACUAUUCAUCAUCAACUGCUCAGUCAAUUGGUGUCUUUGUUUCUCCAUCAAAAUCCGGAGCAGAAGUGAUGAGCAUCUACACGAGUCAACAUGCAACCCUAUCUUUGUCAAAAUCUGGAUCGUCAAGUACAUAUAUGGGAACAUCAAGUCAUAGAAAAGCUGUGUCAAGUCCAUCUAGGCAAAUUAAUAUUACUGGUUUUUCAGAUGUUUUAGAGAUAAGUGCGACUGGAUUUACGCAAUUUCCAUCUUUAACGGCAAGUGGAAAUCUUCUGUCUGUUGCUUCCAACAGAACGCUAUUCAACAACAUUACUUCAACACCCGUGUACAUCGGAUCUGCCAUCUCAAGUAGUCAAACUGAGACUCUCUCGACGAAACACCGUGAUCUGAAUUCGAGUAUAACUAUUAGCAACUCACGUUCCAUGGGAAAAAGUUUUUCGUUGGUCGAAGACAACACAACUGCCUCCACGACCGUAGAAAAGAUCCUAUUCUCUUCAGAAAUACACAGACCGUCUAAUGCUAGUUCUAGUAUUGGAGCUUCACAGCCUUUUGUUGGUAUAGGCAGUAUUAUCGGAAUAAAAUCAGUAUUGAUAAUAUUUCCUACUAUGACACCAUCUCAGUUAGGUGGAGUGACUCUUGCGACUAGUAGCAGUUCUCAAGUUCUUGCUUCAACAUCGGUUUUGCUGGUAGACAGCAGAUCUUCAGCUGGACAACAAGUGUUGUCAUCAUCGUCAGCUAUAUUGGAGGCUUCGGCGCCAAUACUCCCUGUUGACAAACGUAGAAAAAAACGAGCAGCUGAUGAUUUUGGUUUUUCAACCUCAGAUGGUCAAUCUUCGUCCUCCCUCACAUUAAAUAAUUCUGUAACGGCGACUGUGGCUUCCACAAGUCAACUAUCUGGUCAAGCAGCUUCAAUUGUACUGUCCUCGCCUAAGACCAGUCAAACGCUUCUGAAAGCCAACAGUUCGUCACAGUCAGCUGAAGGUGGGAGUACGAUCCCAUCCUCGGACAUGUAUUUACCGUCCUAUACCAGUACUAGUGUUAGAGCACCACAGUCGUUUGUUGGGAUUGGCAGUAUUGUCGGAGUUAAAUCAGUUUUGAUAAUAUUUCCUACGACGACAUCAUCUCAGUUAGGUGGUGUGACUCUUGCAUCUAUUAGAAGCACUCAAGUUGUGCUGCCACCGUCAGUCUCACCGGGCUAUAGCUCAACUCCAGUGGGUACGUCUAACUCAUUACCCCCAGAAAACUCGACUUCUAAUGUUUCCAUCGUUGCGGCAUCACCCAGCUCUAGUCAUGCCUCAUUGCAGCAAUCCGCAAGUAAUGGCAGUGUUCCGACCUCCGCGUUGGUCUCACCAAGUAGUGCAACGAACAGCUUUCAUCUGUUACGGUCGGAGACUGGUAACAAUACAGGCAGCCACACUGUUAUGGCUCUACGAAGCCUUUCCUCAGUGUAUAAUGGAAAUCUGCCUUCAACGUUAUCCUUGGAUUUGAACAUGUCGUCCUCUGCUAAAUUGGAGAACACUUCAUACAUGGAAGGUCACUCAUUUACAGGUGUGCCGUCAAUAAUACGAAACUUGUCAGUAAUAAGUAUGGCUAUCUCGUCAACGGUCGCUGAUUUUGAUAAGAAUUCCCUCACUCUCUCCCUGGACUUGAAGCCAUCUGCAACUGCAACGUCAAUCAACAGUACUUCAUCUCUCAUCUCAACAUUUGGUGUUGAUAAAACUUUGUCUUCUAAUUAUAUCUCGGACACAAGGACUUCAUCUGCUGUGGCAGGUGUUAGUCAUCCAUCUUCAGUGCUUGGACAUGCAACCGUAGCGGCAUCAAGUUCAAAAUCGUUUAUGGUCGUCGUCCCUUCACCCUCACUUACCUCCUUGGAAAGAAGUUGGACGCAGCAGCCAUUAAACGCUAGCCUAACAUUUUCGUCGCCAUCAACAGUCGGCAGUUUUUCAGUAACAAUAGCUUCAUCGCUGACAGAUUUACCCAAGAAUGCCACCGACUCAUCUGUUUCGUCCAAGGUUCCAUCUUCCAUAUCAUUGCCAAGUGAAACUGUGGGGGCAUUUUCAAGUUCUCUCAAGUCUCUAGUAUCACCAUCGGUAGCAAAAAGCAGUACUGUAAUCAGCUCGUCUAUGACAAUGGCCACAAGUUCACGUAUUUAUAAACCACCUCUAGUGACUAUUUCGAGUCUUGGGAUGUGCUAUAUUGUGUAUACCACAAGGAUAGUGCAGCCAACUUUGGUAACAACACAAUCUUUCAACGUGUCACCAACAGCUACUGUGAAUGUGAGCUUUACAUCUGGAGUUUUGGCAAAUGCGACUACUCGUCGCAUGUCAACAACUGUAUCCCUUAAUAUCAGCACCUCUGUAGUUGUCCACCCAAGCCUCCAGGUUAAUGUCACAAGCACCCAAUCUUCCCAAAUGGAUCUUCCUACCUCAAUGUUUUCAAAUUUUACUGUUAAACCCAGCAGUACCUCUGCUGUUGUUUUUGGGAACUCCAGCGUGCCUUCCAUAAACACAACCACGUCGCGUGCUGUCUCCACUGUUACCAAGUCAAGCUCUGUGUCUGAAACGCUCAACGUUACUCGGUCAGUAUCGAAAGGAACCAGUCAUGUCGUCAGCGUUGUGUCCACUACGCAGACCAGCGUUGAGAAAACAGCCAUUUCCACUUCCUCAUUUCACCCAAAGAGUCCGUCUGUGGUCGGUACAGAGAUGCUAUCCUCCUCCACCCCACCAUCAACAAGUCAAGUCAUUUCGCCUACAUCAGCAGCUUCCAAAGUGGUGUCAAGUUCUGCGGCUGUACCCACACCUAAGCCUCCGAAUCCAUCUCUGUUGCUAGAAACGAUCGUGAAAGUGCCUAACGACAGAGAUAUCCAGUCACCGGAAUUCAAAUCGGAGCUGGAAGAGAAUCUCGCAGAGGCGUAUUCCUUUAGUUUGGUGACGUCCAGAAGGAAAAGAAGGGCAACACCCGAAAUCAAUGUAACUAUCGACAACAUAGAGCGCGUGAACAACGGAGAGGAUGUUAAUGUGACCUUUUUCGUCUCACAAGGCGAUAGGCAGGUUCCUGCUUCCGAGGCUGCUCAAGCCUAUCAGAAGUUAACAAAGGCUGAGCUAAGAAAUUUUGUCAAGUUUGAAGUUGUUAACAUGCCUGAAGUAUUGGUAGUACCACCAACCACAGCACCUCCAUCGCAUAUCCUUGUGUCUUUAAUCAUUGCAUCGUCUGCUAGUGAGAACAUCUCCGCUCCGGCGAACAAAAAGAAGCUGGAAGACAACCUGGCUGCCUAUUACAGAAAGCAGAAGCAGUUUACAACCCUUGUUACCGCUACAAUCACGACUAUCAUCCACGAACCAAAUAACAUUGUGUACUUGGAAUUUUACAUCUCUGUUGAUGGCACUCCUGUCAAUGCAACUGACGUGGUCGAAACCUUUAAAGUUCCUCAUGUAAACUUGCUCAACACAGAUCUUGAAGUUGAGGUCUUGGUCCAGGUUUACAUUCCUGACUCACUCACCGCUACUGAAGCGGAUUACGUCAUCAUAGGGGUUAGUGUUGCAGAAAGUGUGGAUUUAGCCAACGCCUCGUUCAGAAGUGACUUAGCGAGCAAACUUGCUACGGUGUAUCAGAACGGCAAGGGCAAGAUCAAUUCACGCAGAAAGAGGCGCAGCGGAAGCACAAGUGCAACUAUUAAAGACACUGUGAGAAAAACUGAUUCUCAGGCCUCUGAGGUAGAUGUUACAUUUUUCGUGUUUGACUCUGGCAAAGUUGUUAGCUCCAGUUAUGUGGUAUCUGUCAUGAAUCGACUGAGCACCAGCCAGAUGACUUCACUAACCAGACCAUAUGCGAUUAUAACUGCUCCCAGACAAGCAGUAGUGCUGACCACUGAAAUACCACCCACUGUGGCUUCAACACAACACACAUGGUUGAUUUUUGUAGCGGUCUUCUGUCCAAUUGUAUUGAUUAUCAUCUUGUUGUUAAUUUGCUGGCGAUUGAAAAAAGGUGCUCCGACAUCCAAGGUCGAUCCACAUAGGAUUGAAAUGUUGGACAGAGACAAGAGAAUGCCUGUGCAUGGUUAUGACGUAGUUCGUCACAACGAGCCAGGAGUAUCAGCAGGUAUGAAGACAACGCCCUUUACGACGCGCUCCCCAUCCUCUGCUGCUGAUGACGAGGAAGCUGAGGCAAAACCUAGAAGACGAGAGACUUCUUUACGGAGAAAGGUUCCCAAGCGACCAAUACAGAAACUACCGGUCAGGGAACAAAGGCAGACAAACCCCACCUUUGAGGAAGAGGAAGAAGAAGAAGAAGAAGAAAGUGAAGAUAGCCCAGUAUCCGUCGCUGGAAGUACUGAGGCGUUAACAAAAGGUAGAACCUCAGCAAAACCACCACCGGUCUCCAGACAGUACCCUCCGGCCCAACCUCAGAGGCCUAUUGAACGAUCUGAACUGGACAGUGAAGAAGAUAGUCAACUCUCGGAAGAAGAGUCCGAGUCUGAACCCGAAAGUGUAGCACCGCCCGAGAAGCCAAGCCAUUCACCUGGCCAAAUACCAACUGUUGCCGUGAUGAGUGAAGCCAGCGGUCCCCCGCGUUACCCCCCUGUGCGGUUCCGUUCCUCGGUACAUCCCGCCCCAAACCUGCCCCCGUUAGAUCCGAAGCGAACAUCUUUGGUUGGAGUUAAAGUAGAGCCGCCAUCCGAAGAUGACUCUACAAGAGGCCGCAGAAAAGGGAAAGCGAAGAGACGAGAGUUAGAACAGAGGGCGGCCUUGGAACGGCAAAAGAACAAGCAAAGACUGCGAGAAAGGAAGCGUAAUGAUUCUCGACGCUCAAGUGCAGUUGUUAGUGAGAGGAGAGCGUGGGACAGAGCUCAGCAUGACAUCGACGAUGCUCUCGGAGACGAUGAUGCGGAGAGAGUUAUCACUGGAAAGAAGCGAAGACCUCGGAGGAAACGUCCCCCAAGCAGUUCAGUAGCUACGGAUGAAGAAGGAGUGCCGCAUCUGAAGAGCUACCGCAAACUUAAAAGUCCGAAAACAGUAUCCUCCACGAGCACACAGGACCGAGACAAGAAACGUGGGAAACCGGCGGACUCGGCCUCGAAUCCAUCAAGCGAAGAGGAAUCCGAAAUUGACAUGAAUGAAACACGUCGACGCAUGCACGCCAUGCUUGAUGACGCGUUCUCCUUAUUUGGACCACAGCUUGCAAAGAAACCUGAUAAAGUACCCGAGGGACAUCCAUCACAUCCUGCCCCCCAGCCCCCACAGGUAUAUACCUCGACCCCAGCUCGUCCAGCUGUUAUUCCAAGAUAUAUCGGAGGGCAGCCUGCUUUGCCAGAACCACCCCCAGCUCACGGCCGAGCCACUGAACCGACACCUGGACAGCGAAAGCGCGUUCAGCCGACAAUGCCUGGUUACCCAGUUGGUAUGCCCCAGACCCCUCUUGGUAUGCCCCAGACCCCUCUUGGUAUGCCUCAGACCCCUCUUGGUAUGCCAGGCUACCCAGGCCGCCCUCCUGUACGACCGGUUGUGACACGUGAUCCGAUAGUAGUCUGGGAUCCUGCAGACAGACAACGAAUUUUGAACCAGAGGGCGCCGCCUCCGACUUAUGCGUACAGAGAUCCUAGUGGACAAAACGUCUAUAUAACACCGGUGCAACAACAACGCAGUGAUUUGGGUGGUCUUGUAUGGAGUCCUUAUGCCGCUGAGGACUCAAUGGAUGCACUUUAUCCUGAUUUGGCUCAAGCAAGUUAUCCAGGUGCGCUAGGUUCUAGUCCUCCUAAAGACACAAGUUUCCUAUCUCAUCUUCAGGCCAUGCCACCUCACGACACAGUACUGAAUAUGUCAGCCCACGGUACUUUUGACAAGCAGGGAUCUACACUUGGACAAUCUCCACAACCCUUGAUUAAAUCAAUAAAAGACGAACUUUUUAGAUUGUCCCAAGGAGCCUCUAGGAAAACACCCAUUACAGAGCUAUAGCAUUGAUAAACAAAUUUUUAUAUCAGGUAUUUUAAUGAUCACUGAAUAUUUUACAUUUGAGGAAUAGCAGCGAGGAUAUUUGUCAAGCGGUUUUUAAAAAAGAAGGUACAUUUUUGGCAGUUUGUGUCAAUUACGUGAUAAAUCCGUAAUACGAGUUUACUCACUCAUACUCAUUUACGUUUUCUUAAUUACUUUUACAAAGGUAAACAUUUGUAGAUAUAUUUAAUGUUGAAAUGUCAUUUAAAAUUGUUACUUUUAAAGAAAAUGGUGUAAAUAGCUUCUUUGUAUGGGAUUUGCUUCCCUUUUUAGUCAAUAGCCAAUUCUUGACUAGAAUUAAACUAUAAUUGUGCCGUGAGGCUACAA